CUAGUGACGACCCUACCAAAACAUCAAAUCCCAUCAAUUUUAAAUGUCACAACACCUCAAAUUAUUGUAUCCUUCUUUCAUAAAUAUAAUGGCAAAAGCUAAAUGCCACAAUUGCGAAACAAAAUGUGGCAAAGGCAAAAUAAAUCCCGAAGUUUUAACUAAAUUAGAGGACGGCUUUCGGCGACUAGCAACUUCAAAUUCCCAAUCGCUCUUAAAAAAGUACUUGACCCAAGCUGUUUUCGACAAACUUAAGAGUAAGAAGACCGGUUUUGGCUCAACACUUCUGGACUGCAUCCAGUCAGGUCUCGAAAAUCCAGACUCAAAUAUCGGUGUUUACGCACCUGACCCUGAAGCUUACACAGUUUUUGCCGAACUUUUUGACCCAAUAAUCAACGAAUACCAUGGAGGGUUUAAGAAAACAGACCAACACCCUGCUAGCACUUGGGGGGACUUGAAGUCGAUCGGAGACGUGGAUCCUGAUCAAAAAUACGUUGUUUCGACCAGGAUCAGGUGUGGACGCUCUUUGGCGGGUUAUCCCUUCAACCCUUGCUUGACUGAAGCUCAGUACAAGGAGAUGGAGAAGAAGGUGUCGGGGACUUUGAUGUCCCUAACCGGGGAACUUAAGGGAAAAUAUUACCCUUUGACGGGGAUGUCAAAAAGGGAUCAGCAGCAGUUAAUCGACGACCAUUUCCUGUUUAAGGAAGGUGAUAGGUUUUUACAAGCGGCCAAUGCUUGUCGGUUCUGGCCCACAGGCCGUGGCAUUUUCCAUAAUACGAACAAAACGUUCCUGGUUUGGCUCAAUGAGGAGGAUCACCUGAGGAUUAUCUCCAUGCAAAAGGGUGGAAACGUAGGGGAGGUCUACCAACGUUUGGUUUGUGCUGUUGAGGAGAUUGAAACCAAGUUGAAGUUUUCGCGGAGUGAUCGGUUUGGUUACUUGACUUUUUGCCCGACCAAUUUAGGUACAACGAUAAGAGCGUCAGUGCAUAUUCAAGUGCCCAAGUUGGCCAAAGAUAAGGCAAAAUUGGAAGCUGUAGCAAAUCAGUUUAAUUUGCAAGUGAGGGGGACUAGAGGAGAGCAUAGUGAAGCUGAGGAAGGUGUUUAUGAUAUUUCGAAUAGGAGGAGAUUAGGGCUUACGGAGUAUGACGCCGUCAAAGAGAUGCAUGAUGGUAUUUUGAAAAUUAUUGAAAUGGAGAGUUGCAUGUGAAUGGAAAAGUUGCAGCAAAGGAAUAACAAAUUUUCAUGUUUUUUUUUGAGAAUUGUGUGUUGUUUUUAGUAAAAAUUCAAAAGCA